CUCUUUAACCAAAAUGGCCUACAAACCGAAUAAGCUCAUAUGGCGAAGUGACACCUCUUAUUAAGAUACGAUCUUUGCCACCAGCUAAGCUGCUAUCGCUAACGGGCGACAAGUGGAGAUUGGACAGCCCGGUUCCGUCCCUCGCCUCGGUAUGAUGCCUGGAGACAGCAACAUGACCUCUAUUGUACAAAGAAUAGCCCGGCAGGCCCUAGUCACGUUCAGGAACACCCCUCGGGUAGGUGAAGCGGACGGUAAAUCUUUCCUGGAGAACCACAGCAAACUGAAGAGCCUGAUGACGGAAGUGCGAGCAGCGGACCUGAACCUCGUCCCGCGGAGAGCCGACGACAUCUCGCCCCCUCCGCUCCAGUAUCACAGCGGCGUGCCACCGGUGACAUACAUGCACAUAUGUGAAACGGACCAUUUCAGCAUGGGGGUGUUUUUACUUAAAAGUGGUGCUUCCAUCCCUCUGCAUGACCACCCGGGGAUGCACGGCGUGCUUAAAGUCAUGUACGGCAAGGUCAGGAUCAGCUGUUUCGACAGGCUGGAGCGGCCAGCAGGCAGCCCGCAGCAGGACGAGCCCACGCUUCCCCAGGCGCAGAUUGGAGCUCUGCGGCGAUCAGUGCUCCGCUGCACCGGGGAGUACACGGAAGAGAGUGGGCCCUGCGUGCUCUCUCCUGACCUGGACAACUUACACCAAAUCGACGCAGUGGACGGUCCCACUGCGUUUAUGGACAUCCUGGCCCCACCGUACGACCCGGACGAGGGCAGGGACUGUCACUACUACAAGGUUCUGGCUGAUUCUGAGGUCAGCAACUCGGAACUGAAGGAAAAGGAAGUGUGGCUGAUGGAAAUCUCACAGCCCCCGGAUUUCUGGUGUGGAGGGGAGCCUUACCCGGGCCCCGAGGUGUGCCUCUGAUCCACCUGACUUUUAUGUCUACUUUUCUCGUGUUGUUUUCCUUGGAGGCUUCCGGACUUGGCUGUUUAAACUGGGAUAAAUGAAGGGUCAAUAGAAAACCUCAAUUAAUGGAUUAGCAGCAGAAGAAACCAUUUAUGGUUUGACCACCAAAUUAAAGGGUUAACUAUGGGCUCUGUUCAGUAACUUUAAGGACUGGGUGACCACCUGAACCCAGAAGUUGGAGGCCUCAUUGUUUGGUGUUGUUACUAGAGAAUCCUGCUGCUGCAACUCAAAGGAGAAAUAUAAUCCAUCAAGUUUCUGUUUCACUUGAGCCCCAGGUGAUAGAAACUUAGAUCUAGUUUCAACAAAGAUCUCUUUCCCUCUGGGUUUUAUUCACAGGGAAGCGGGCAGAUGAAUAAUAUUAGAUAAUGUUGCUUAAAUUCUUGGCUUAAAAAUCCACUGAAAGGUUUUUGUAUUGUGGGAGAAACUAAACUAAACACGUUUCUGAUAUUAAUUUUCUUAAUUUGUCAUUAUUACUCCGAUGUUGUCAAUGCUAGGGUACAAUCUCUGUGCUCUGUAGUCACUGACAGCAGUAGAGGUCUCUUGAGGUUAGACACAGCAAAAUUUCAGGACAAUAGUGUUGAAGAGUGACUGCUGUACCUGGUGCAGCCAGUGGCAGUAUCUCCAUUUAAGUCGAGCCCUGGCUGCACCAACAAUCCAAAAUUAAAGAUGUGAUCGGCUCGGGGGUCACAUGUUGUUUGAAAUCAGUGACGUUUUAUGAAAGGGGGUAUAACUUUCUCUACAAAUAUUGAAGCAUUUAUCCAGCACUUAGCUUCGAGCCUUAAAAUGUUGGAGGAAUCUAAAAGCUCUGUUGGGUUUUUGAGAGGGCGCCAAGUAAUGCCAAAUAAGUGUUGCACAUGGGUGCUGAUGCUGCAUUUAAGGAAGUCAGGAAGUCUGAAAUUCCUGCUUGUGUCUGUUGUCAGAGUUGGCGCUUUCAAGUUAUUACUACAGGUUAGAAACAGUAGAAGAAAAUAUCACACAGCAAUACUAUUGAUAAGCUAUAAAUCCACUACAUUUCAGCUUUCAGCAUUGCAUGAUCAUAGGUGUAGGGCUUGCUGACAAUAAGCUAAAAAUAUACAUUUCAAAUGUGGUUAUAUCAUAACAGUUGCUACUGAUUGAAUAAAGAAUGCAUUGCAACUCAGCUGCAGCUCUGAAACAAAAUAGUGUAAUCUGUAGUUACGUUGGGAAUUCCUGACAUUUCUUGAAUGCAGCAUUUCAAAUGUCAGCAUAUAAACCUGAGUUGACAAAAGGCUUGAAGGGACCAUAGUUUUUAAUUGUCUUCCUGCUUUGAGUUUUGUGACAUUUGUUUGGUUAGAAAAAAACAAAAAACUAUGAAACUUCAGGUCUCUCUUUGUGAGACUUAAAAAUAUCUAAAAAAAAAAUGCUUUUGCAUUGUGAAUAGGACUGUUUAAAAAAUGGUCUUUUGUCUGGUUUUCUGUGAGAGUUUGAUCCUCAGGGUUGUUUGUGAAUUCUUUUGUUGACAGAUUUUUGGGAUUAUAUGUGACAUAUGUGCACUGAAUCAGACUUGUUGGCACAAAUGUUUCAAUACAUGAGGAAAAAGGUGUUUUUUUUCUGUGUGGUUACAACACAAGGAUCAUGAGGGGCUUUUAUUACAGUUUAAAAUGAAAGAUUCAUGAAGGAAAAAGGCAGGGUUAAAUAUAUAGCCUUAAUAUUUAGGGUAGUUGUAUAAUAAUACCAAACAUGCAGUUGAAUGAUUUCCUGGCUUAGUAAAAUAACUUACAUUAAAAAAAAAAAAAAAGAAAAGGUUUGUUUCAUGUUGGAAAUAACCGUGUAUUUCCAGAAACUGGCGAUACCUUGAAAUUAAAGUCUAAACAUCUGCUUGCAAAGUUUAAAAGUCUGAUUUUAGUCUAGAUUGUUUAUAAAUAUGAAAUAAUGCACUAUAAACCACUUUAAUUUGUUCAUCUACAGUCUUUGCAACCAACACAUUUCAAUCAUAAUGUAUUAAAGUGAGAAUCUAGACCCCAAAGGUCUGUUACGAGCUGAUGAUUCACCAACAGAAGGCUGUUUAUCUCUAAACCCAAUGCGAAAAUGAAAACAGUAACUGUCUGUGUUUAGCCUGUAAAGGAGGAUUUCUGUCACUGUAUAUGAAAACUGCUGUUUAUAUUGGCGAAACAUUUCUGCUUUACUUGUCUAAGACUGUGAUGAGCUGUGAUUGAGAGAUUUGGACAUGCAAAUAUGUUUUGGAGAAUUUUCUCAUCCACUCUGCUAAAUGUUGGCAGAAUAAAGUUGCCUCAAUCAA